GCCAAAUAUGUUAUACUUGCCAUACCACCAGGGCUGAACUUGAAGAUCCAUUUCAACCCUGAACUGCCCCCUCUGAGGAACCAGCUCAUUCAUAGAGUCCCCAUGGGCUCAGUCAUCAAAUGCAUGGUGUACUACAAAGAGAACUUCUGGAGGAAGAAGGGAUACUGUGGCAGCAUGGUGAUCGAAGAGGAGGAAGCACCUAUUGGUCUCACUCUUGACGACACUAAGCCUGAUGGGUCUGUGCCUGCUAUAAUGGGGUAA